UGUUUUUUUUUUUUUUUAGAAAAAAGCUUAUUUAUGUGUUGUAAAUAAAUAUGUACCCACCAGUCACGCAAUGGGUCCUGGCCCAUUUUGAACCGUAAGCCCUCCGGCUGAUGAUGAGGCCACCGCCGGUGAAGAAGAGAAAUCGAGGGAGGGAGGAGAGGAAGGGAAGACGAUGAUAAUGGAAGAUCGACCAGAGAAACAAAGAGCGAAAAGAUCUCAACGGGAGAAAGGAAGAUCGUGCACAGGCUAUCUCUUUUACAACUCCACGCUCAAAUCCAAUGCUCAGAACCCUGCCUGCAUCGGCUUAUCUCGUGCUCCUCGGCCAGUUCCUGAAGCCUUUGUUGGACAAACUGAAACCACAUACACUGAAAAUGGGCGGACAUUUGCAAAGUUUUACUAUGAUUGUGUGGGAUACUCAGUGUACUUUACUGAAAAGGACUCGUCAGCUAUGAAGCAGGAUGCCCAGGGACACCUUCCUGCUUGCAUUGGUCUUCAGAGGGUAUUAGGUAAUAGACAAGCAUCUCCCGGGAAUACUUCAUCAGCUCCUUCUCAUCUUCACAAUAGAGAUGAAGCUCGAGAGCUUCCUCCACGACAGACCCAUAGACCAAAACCCGCAGCUGCCACAGAGGAUGGCUUCCUAACCAGGUUCACGAGAAAUGCAAAUGUGGUUGCAUCGGGUGUGGUGAAGAACAUGAAGAGAGUAGGCCGCUAUGUCAAAGAGACGGUGGACGACGCCUUGACCUCAGACCGAAAGAGACACAAGUAAUUGAACAUAGUGGAACCCUACCGCAAUAAGUAUAGAAGACGGGGGCAUCCUCUCUGGGUUUUUGUUUUGUCAAAUAAUGAAAACAACAAAUGUGAUGUGAUUGUAUAUGGUAAGGUGAUUAGGAGACUCAUUGAACAAGCUUCUCUCUGUACUCGCUCUAGCUUUUAUUUACAUAUGCUACUCCCCAGGUUGUUUA